CCGGAAGCCCGUGUACGCACGAGAAGGUACAGCCAUACAUCCCCCUUGUUGUUCUUGCCAUCAACAUCGUUUCCAGAACACCGUGAUCCUUCUUUUACUUGAUUGUUUUCUCUAUAUGCUGUUGCCACGGUCGUACCAUGACGUCGAAGGGCGUUCGUGCCAAUCCACCGGGGAAGAUGGGUGACGACGACAUGAACCAUCCGUGUUCUAUUUGUCCUGCUUUAGUUAGAAUCAUCCUCCCAUAGGCGAAGUCCGUGAUAAAAGUAAUCGUCUUUGUGCCUCUUUUUCCUACAUUCCAGCGCAUGCCCUAAAGACCAGUCCUCACUUGAUCUCUCAGAAAAAUCUUCCCCUGCUUCUAUUUUCUUAUUUGCUUUCCUCCAAUAUUCCCGGCCUUUGGUGGAAUUCUGUUAACCUGAAAGGUGAUGGCGGAUGCUUUUCCCCUUUGGUUAUGUGAUAUGCAUCACUUUACAUACUACAUGCCUAUAAAACCAUUUGGUGGAAUCGCGAGACUCAUUGAGUUGAAGGAACAAGUUGUCUAGGGAUCCGGCAAACAUGAGCAUGGAGAUCACCAAUGUUUGUGAGUACGAGGAGAUUGCGAAGCAGAAACUGCCGAAGAUGAUCUAUGAUUACUAUGCCUCGGGAGCAGAGGACCAGUGGACACUCAAGGAGAAUAGAAAUGCCUUCUCAAGGAUUCUGUUUCGACCUCGUAUUCUGAUCGAUGUGUCCAAUAUCGAUAUGACCACUACAGUCUUGCGUUUCAAUAUAUCAAUGCCAAUCAUGAUUGCCCCCACAGCUAUGCAGAAGAUGGCUCAUCCGGAAGGGGAGUAUGCAACAGCAAGGGCAGCAUCAGCAGCCAACACUAUCAUGACACUGUCAUCAUGGGCUACUUCCAGUGUUGAAGAGGUUGCUUCAACAGGACCAGGAGUUCGCUUCUUCCAGCUUUAUGUCUACAAGGACAGGGAUGUCGUUAGACAGCUUGUUAAAAGAGCUGAAAGGGCUGGCUUCAAGGCUAUUGUGCUCACGGUAGAUACACCAAGGCUUGGACGGAGGGAAGCGGACAUCAAGAACAGAUUCACUUUGCCUCCCUUUCUGACACUCAAAAACUUCGAGGAUCUGGACCUUGGAAAGAUGGAAAGGACAAAUGACUCUGGUCUAGCAUCUUAUGUUGCCAGCCAAGUUGACCGUUCCCUAUCCUGGAAGGAUGUCAAGUGGCUGCAGACAAUUACUUCAUUGCCAAUCAUAGUGAAAGGAGUCAUGACUGCAGAGGACACUAGGCUGGCCAUUCAGGCUGGUGUGGCUGGUAUUGUUGUGUCUAAUCAUGGAGCUCGCCAGCUUGAUUAUGUUCCAGCAACUAUUAAUUGUUUGGAAGAGGUUGUCAAAGCAGCACGGGGUCAAGUUCCGGUGUUCUUGGACGGUGGGAUUCGUCGUGGCACAGAUGUGUUCAAGGCAUUAGCGUUGGGAGCCUCUGGAGUAUUUAUUGGAAGGCCAGUAGUCUUUGCACUGGCAGCAGAUGGGGAGGCUGGUGUGAGGAAGGUGCUUCAAAUGCUUCGAGAUGAGCUUGAGCUAACCAUGGCACUGAGUGGCUGUACCUCUCUUAAAGAAAUCACUCGGAAUCAUAUAGUUACUGAGACUGAGAUGCCCCGAACCCUAUCUAGGUUAUAGAUUCGUAGAGCAUUGGUAUUUAUCUGCAUUUGAAUGGAAGUAUUGAACUCAACUGUGUGUCAGUUUAAGUAGGGACCUUCCUCAGAAGUUAUGGGAGACAUCUUGAGCUUGAAUUCUGAUAAUGAUGGAUGAUGCUUUUAAUAA